AUGAGCUCCAGCUUUGAGAUCAAUAGUGGAUUGCCCACUACAGCUCAACCCGUAUCGACCUCGUAUUCGUACAAGGUUGAUAUGUGGGACCGAUUUGCAGAGCUAAUUGAUAAAUUAAUGAUCAGUAAAGCAGAUAUAAAACAAUUUCAGAGCUUUAUAAAGGAAACCGCCAGUUUGUACGAGUCGAUCGGGAAGAAAUUAUGUAAAACUAAACUCACGACCGAAAAGAAUUCAUUCGAGACAAUCGAGCCUUUUGAUAGACUUGCAACAGGAUUUCAAACUGUUGGAAAUCAAUAUCUUGAUGCUGCAAAAGAGCUUCAAGAAAACCUUCUCAAAGAGAUUACUCUUCUUAGAAAGGACUUAAGUAAGGCUAUCAAGAUGGCAACCAAGGAUGAAAAAAAGCUCCGAAGUGACUUUAAUUCAGCCAAACAUGACGCUCAACAAGCAAAACAAAAAGAUUUGGAAGAAAAGAAGCAUUUAGAGGAUUUACAAAUUGCGUUGUACACCAAAAAGGCUGAAGAAGACUAUGAGCUAGCAAUUAAGAAACUUCACGAAAUGGAUCAAAAAUAUUAUGUUCAAUUGGGACAGAUCAUGCAAAAUUUAGAAGUACUCGACAGAAAGAGAGGAAAGGAAUUGAAAGAUUUGUUGCGAAGAUUUGCUAAACUGAACUUUAACAUUGGAAAGAGCACUUCAGCUCAAUCUGACUACAUGGAACAAAGCUUUGAAGCAAUGAACGAAGAACGUGAAAUUCAAACAUUUAUUUCAUCCACAAGAUCCGGUUUUCAACCACCCGCUCCAGACAACUUUGAACCAUAUAUUAUCAAAAUUCCAGACGAGCUCAAUAAGAAGAGAUUUUCAACAAUACCAUCUGGUGGUGGCACAACUGUAAGUUCACCAUCUGGUACAGGAAGUGCCGUCAAGAUUUCAUCUCCAGUUCCAGAGUCCUCAAAGACUACCACCAUCACUUCCACUACAACCAACAACAAUAGUAAUGGAACUAGUACUACUACACAACCUCCUCCAUUUGAUUCUACAUCAACCGGUGAAAAAUCAAUAGUGAAAGAAAUUAUCAAGCAAGAGACAGAAAUUCCAACUAAAGUCAUCAAAACCGUUACAUGCGUGUAUGGUUAUGAUGCUGCUGAGGAAGGUGAACUUACUAUUAAGGAAGGAGAUUAUAUUAAUGUGCUCGCAAUGAAUGAUGAUGGUUGGUGGUUAGGUAUUAACAAUAGAGGUGAAACUGGUCUUUUCCCUUCAAACUUUGUUGAAUCUACCCAAGGCUCAGUAGUUCCUGAAGAUUUAUUGAAUAUUACCGCAGGUUCAAAGGUUGUUGCUCAAUAUGAUUACGAUGCCCAGGAUGAGCAGGAGAUUAGCUUCAAGGCAGGUGAAAUAAUCACUGUCGUUGAAGUCAACUCAGAUGGGUGGUUCGUUGGAAGAAACACUGACGAUAAGGAAGGAUUGAUUCCCUCCAACUUCUUCAAAUUGGCAUAA